GGGGUCUGGAGUCAUCAUUACAGAGAUACAAAAGGCCAUGAGGAGCUAUGCAAUCCCUUCUCAGGCUGCUCGAGCUUCGUCAAACCUAGCAACGCCGGAUCCAUCAUUCCUACCAUGAGGCUUCAGCUACUCUCAAUCGCUUCGCUGGUGGUGAGUGUUGGUGCGAGUUGGACAAAGAAUAUCAAUUACCGCUCUCCGUCGGAACAUCACCCGUCGCUGGGCAUCUCGAUUCACAGAGUGGUCAAGCGCAAUGAUCCUCAGAGCUCGUGGGACCAAGCAACCUUGAACUUCACACAUGGCGUGGCUUCGGGAGAUCCCUACCCUGACAGUGUUAUUCUGUGGACUCGCGUGGGCCCAACCAGCGACAACGACAGAUCAAAUGUGACGGUAUCUGGCUACGUUCAAUUGUUCGACCACGACAAUCAGAAAUUCGUAUCCAUGUCUAAAGCGCCCGUGUGUGUCGAAUAUAAGAUUGCCACUCAGAAGGAUCUGAGCGACGUCGUGGAUUCUGGCAAAGUCUUCACGAGUUCUGACGUCGACUAUACAGUCAAGGUCGAAGCCAAGAAUCUUAAACCUUAUACCACUUACUACUACCAAUUCAAUGUCUGCGACUCCGAUAACAAGAGCCCUCUGGGAAGGACAAAAACGACUCCUCAUGCCGAUGACGAUGUUACCAAAGUCGGAAUCGCAGUAUACUCCUGCUCAAACUAUCCCUUUGGUUUCUUCAACGCAUACGGCAAUUCAGUGCGCAAGGACUCCGUAGACUAUGUCGUCCAUCUAGGUGAUUACAUCUACGAGUACGCUAACGGGGAGUACGGAUGGGGUCAAAGUAUUGGCCGUGUUCCUUUGCCAGACAAGGAAAUUUUCAGCCUCUACGAUUAUCGGAAACGUCUUGCAACGUACAGGACCGAUCUUGAUCUUGUUGCGAGUCAUCAACAAUUCCCCUGGAUUCCCGUUUGGGAUGAUCACGAGGUGGCGGACAAUGUUUAUCGUGACGGCACCUCUAAGAUGAACAACACCGAAUCUAGCUUUAUUAAAGAUGGAGAAGUGAGCUUCGAUCAAAGGAAGAUGAAUGCUGUCAGAGCUUAUUUCGAAUGGAUGCCCAUCAGACAAGUGGAAAUGGAUGACAAUCUCCGUAUCUGGCGGUCCUUCAGCAUCGGAAAACUACUCGACCUUGUGAUGUUAGAUACCAGAAAUUAUGACCGUUCCAUCACCGAUCUCUACUGGAAUACCGAUUACGUCCAUGCCAUCUCAAACGAUGCCGGCCGCUCUCUCAUGGGUCAACGCCAGGAACACUGGUUCUACAAUACCCUCUCCGAGUCCGCCGACCGCGGCGCAGCCUGGCGCAUUAUCGGCUCCCAGAUCAUAUUCAGCCGUGUAAACCAGUCCGCUGCUUUCGGUGACGAUAAUCCUCUGAAUUACGAUGCUUGGGACGGUUAUAUGUCGAACAAAAACCGUACUCUCAACCAUCUAUACAGCAACAACAUCGGCAACAACAUUUUCCUAGCGGGAGAUAGCCACGCUUCUUGGGUAAGCGACCUAGCCUGGCUCGGCGAGAAAGAGUACAACAAAGAGACCGGUGAAGGUAGCAUCGGUGUCGAAUUCGCAGGUUCAGCUGUCACUUCGCCUUGUCCCUACGGCGCCAAUAUCUCUCUCGCGACAGCGAACAACUACUCGGGUAUUCUGCAGGCUUCCAACGACGAACUUCAGUGGCAAGAUCUGUACUACCGUGGUUACUACGAGCUGCACAUCAGCGGCGAGGAAGUGGUCGCGAACUAUUUCGGCAUGCCUACUGUUGUGACGAGGAAUAGUUGGGAGAUCCCAUUGGCGAAUUUCACUGUUAAGAAUGGGGAGAAUAGGUUGCAGAGACCUGUCGCUGGUGGGAUUGUGGAGAGCGGGAGCUUGAAGGCGGGAAGAACUGUUCAGACUAAUGCUACGCAUGAUACUCUUAAUGGUACGUGGUUUGUUAGCCAUGCGCCUUUGGAGGUUCUGUAA